AUGCAGUCUCAUGACUUAGUCUUUGCUCCACUACCUAUUAAAGAAGGAGACAAGACGUUCAUAGGCAGCUUCCAUUCAGGCACCCAGAAGGACACAGAAAGGCAAGACAAUUUAACAGAGCUAACUGUAUUUGUUGGUGGAGACUGUUCCCAGCUCGUCUUCAUGCUGCCCAUUUUAUUCUCUGCAUUUAUCCUGUCUGCUUACUGCUUAACCAAAGGGAAUUGCAUCUCCUAUGAUGAGCUGAAAGAGCUGAAGACUGAGUUUGCCAUUAGUCUCUACCGGCACAUCUCUGAGGCAGAGAACAGGACCAAUCUGGUAGUCUCUCCAGCAAGUGUGGCUGUUUCUUUGGAGCUGCUGCAGUUUGGAGCUCAAGGAAAUACCUUUACGGAGCUGCGGGAUGUCCUAGGAUACAGCAUUCAUGAUCAAAGUGUGCAGGAUUUCAUGCACACGGUGGAUGAAGCAGUGACUGACUCCAGCCAAGGCACAGUGGUCCAGCUGGGAUGUUCCCUCUUUGUGGAUGCGGCUGUGCAGCUCUCGCCCGACUUCGCUGAGCGCGCCGCACGCUGGGCCAACAGCAGCCUGCUGCAAACCAACCUCACUGACCCCAACACCACCCACACACAGGAAUGGAUCACCACUGACUUUGCAGAUGGGGAUGUGCGUGGGAUGACACUGGAGAGCACUGGGUCAUCUCUCAGCCAGGUCACCCUGGUGAGCACCCUGUACUUCAGAAGCAUGUGGCAAAAAAAGUUUUCCCUUAUGGAUUCCCAGAUGUUGCCUUUUACUACGCCAGAGGGCUCGACCCUGAAAGUGCCUACCAUGCACCACACAGCUGAAGUUAACUACGGCCAGUUCCAGACUGCAGCUCUGGAGGCUUUCAGUGUGGUCGAGUUACCCUACCUGGGGGAGAAACUCAGCAUGUUCCUCGUGCUUCCCAGCCACAAAAGAACACCUUUGUCCCAGAUUGAGUCUCACCUUUCUGCCAAAACCAUAACUCUCUGGGCCAACAGCUUGAAGAGAACAAAGAUGGACAUUUUUCUGCCUAGGUUCAGUAUUCAAAGCCUUUUUGACCUGAAGACAGUUCUUUCUGCUUUGGGAAUUAGAGAUGCAUUUGAUCCCAUCACAGCUAAUUUUAAAGGCAUUUCAGAGCAAGAUAGUCUUUAUAUUUCAGAAGCUAUUCACAAAGCAGAGAUUGAAGUAACAGAAGAUGGCACAAAGGCAUCAGGAGCUACAGCUAUGGUCUUACUAAAACGAUCUCGAGCACUUAUUUUCAAAGCAGAUCGACCUUUCACAUUUUUCCUGAGACAAGCUAAUACAGGUUCAGUACUUUUUAUAGGAAGAGUUACAAAUCCUUCAUAA